AUGGACAUAUACGGUGCUUAUAAGACUCAACUGGACUUGCUGGAGGAGGAAGAGCGAACAAUUCUCAAGCUUAAAGGGGCUUUUAAGAUUCCUCCGCAGGCGGUACAGGAUAAGCUCAUUGACGGAUUCUUUUCCUGGGUCGCCCCUGUAUUGCCUGUCGUUAACCAGAGCGUCUUCCUGUCCAUGUAUAGGGAUCCUCUGAAUCCUCCCUCCCUUCUUCUUUUACAGGCCAUGUUCCUCGCAGGGUCACGGGUUGUUGAGGAGAAAGUUAGCGGAAAAGACUCAGCGUCCAGGACUCAUAGCUCAAUGAUAUAUCUUCAACGGGCAAAAGCUCUUUAUGAUGCAGAGUUUGAAAAGGACUAUAUCACGGUGAUACAAUCUUUACUACUGAUGAGCUGGUAUUGGCAAGGGACGGAAGAUACUACAGAAAAUGGGCUAUUCUAUUGGAGUAGACUGGCGAUUGGCGUAGCACAAAACUCCGGGAUGCAUAAAAGUAACGAGUUAGAAAUGAAGCCACCCGAGCGCCGGCUCUCGAGGCGGAUCUGGUGGACUCUCUACACCAGAGAUCGUGCCAUGGCUGCCGCAUACGGCAGGCCUACCUGCAUAGACGCGGAUCUCACCGACGUAGAUCCCAUCACGCAGGAUGACUUUAUCGAGAGCGAAGGGCACCGGCCUGACUCGGUUCGAGCCCAGUUCUUCAUCCAGUACGUCAAACUAUGUGAGCUGAUGGACGUAGUUGUUGCCCGACGGAGAAGAGCUGGGCUCCUUACAGAAUCUGAAUUCGCUCAAUGGGAGAUUCGUCUUAGUCAAUGGAUGAUACAAUGCCCUGAACAAAUGCACUGGUCUCAAGCACGCCAUAGCUUUUGGCCUGCGAUCCUACAUUCUAUCUUCUAUACGAUGGUAUGCCAACUCCAUGCCUUGCUCCCGGCAGUAGCUCGCCCAGCGUCUUCGUCUGCCGUAGUUUUGCAGGCAGGUUCGACGAUUGCCUCUAUCAUGCAGGCUAUAGUAUCCCACAACCAGAUUACUUAUGUUCCACCAUCAGUUGUUGUCACUGUCCUAAGCGCUGCCAAAAGUCAAAAGCUUACCUCUAGUCCAACUCUAAUCCUUCAAUGGCGUGCGAACAUCGAAACUUGCCUUCAGGUUUCAGAACUUAUAUCAACGGUCUGGCCAAUAGCCAGUUCGGUCCGAGAAGGCGCCGGACUCAUAUACAGCGAGAAAUACUUCGACUCUUUACUCAACGAGGCGCUGACUGAUUUAGAGGCUCGAAGUCAAGAGACUCAAGUGGGACAACACCGAAGGAAAAGAUAUACUCGACCAAGACGAGCCAAUCCAGAUCUCCUUCUGCCCAAGAGCCGGAUUAUAGUCAAGAUAUCUCCAGGCCGUCCUUCGACUCAAUAUCCAUCCAUGGGACACCGGGCAACGUCGAGCCAUUCACAGAGGAUCAAGACUCGUCUACAGGACGGCGCCAGUGAUCCUAUGUACAUGGCACACGGUACAUCCGAGGCUUGCUCUGCAUACCCCGACUCAGCAGAUGUCCUUCAUUCAUUGCAGGUCGCAAUUGGAAUGAGGCAACCACUGCAGGAAUCUGAACCAGAGGCUGAGUAA